AGUCAUUCAGUAUAUCGUCAAUUAUGCAGUCUUUCAGACAUUCGGUCGCCUCGAUCCGGAGUUUCUCAACAACGUCCAGGGCUCUGGGCAAAAUCAAGGUCAAGGCUCCAAUAGUGGAGCUGGACGGUGAUGAAAUGACCAGAAUCAUCUGGGACAUCAUCAAGAAAAAACUGAUUUUGCCCUACCUCGAUGUCGACCUCAAGUACUACGACUUGGGAAUUCUGUCCAGAGAUAAAACGAACGACCAGAUCACUAUCGACGCUGCCAAUGCCAUCAAGCAGUACGGAGUUGGUGUUAAGUGCGCCACUAUCACUCCUGACGAGGCUCGUGUCAAGGAAUUCGGACUCAAGAAGAUGUGGGUCUCGCCAAACGGAACCAUUAGAAACAUUUUGGGAGGAACUGUUUUCAGGGAGCCAAUUGUGAUUGGUGGGCAAGACGGAGGCAUUGAAAUCCCACGCCUGGUUCCUGGUUGGCAACAGCCAAUCAUUAUUGGUAGACAUGCUCACGGUGACCAGUACAAAGCAACCGACUUGGUUAUUCCUGGAGCCGGCUCCUUGGAGCUUGUCUACACGCCUAAGGACGGUGGAGAGGUCCAGAAGUUUAAGGUGUUUGACUACAAGAGCUCAGGUGUCGGUCUUGCAAUGUACAAUACGGAUGAGAGCAUCCGAGGUUUCGCUCAUUCCUCUUUCAAGAUGGCAUUGAAUAGAGGUCUCCCUCUGUACAUGUCUACGAAAAACACAAUUCUGAAGAAAUACGAUGGCAGGUUCAAAGAUAUCUUCCAGGAGAUUUAUGAGACCACGUAUAAAAAAGACUUUGAAUCAAAGGGUAUUUGGUAUGAGCACAGACUUAUCGAUGACAUGGUUGCCCAGAUGAUCAAAUCGAAGGGCGGAUUCGUUUUGGCUUUGAAGAACUAUGAUGGUGACGUUCAGUCUGACAUUGUCGCUCAAGGAUUUGGCUCUCUCGGUCUGAUGACGUCCGUCUUGAUGACUCCGGACGGAAAGGCUUUCGAGUCUGAAGCUGCUCAUGGUACUGUUACUAGACACUUCAGACAGCAUCAACAAGGUAAAGAGACCUCCACCAACUCAAUUGCUUCCAUUUUCGCAUGGACAAGAGGUAUUGCUCAGAGAGGCAGAUUGGACGGCACUCCGGAAGUCGUGACUUUUGCAGAGACUUUGGAAAAGGCUGUGAUCGACACCGUUUCUCAAGACCAAAUCAUGACUAAGGACCUGGCUUUGCUGAUUAACAAGAAAGACUAUGUUUCCACCACUGGUUUCUUGGACGCUGUUGAGUCGAGACUCAAGAAAGCGCUUCCUUAAAUAUUCCGUAUAUCUCCACACGUUUUUAUAAGCAGUUGAAUUGCUAAUAAAUGUGACUCACUUCUCAGAUUUCACGUCAGUAUCGUCAUCUUCGAGAUAUUGCCAUAAAAACUUGAGUCCGUAAAAUGUUCCCAGACUGACAGCACCGACUUUCAAAAGAGGCACCGCAAGAACCUUGUAGAAGUAGCUGUGUGGAUUGAGGUUGGGUUGGUUCCCUUGGUUACGUCUAAGCAAACUGCUGCUGAAGCAUCUGCGCAUCGUGUGGAAAAACAUUAAUUAAAAAAAAUAACUUUUUCAUCCUCUGUUUUCACCAUUUUCUGAACUGCUCCCAGAAUCCAGAGCCAUCAUACUUUCAUCGAGAUCUCGCUCAAUCGCAGGAGAUGAUUCUCUCAUCUUCUUGAAUUCAGGAGAGUUAAGGAGCGGAAUUGUUGUCAAGCCAAAUUGAAACUUCCCAUCAGACCCGAGGCCUGGUCCCAUACUAGACUGCACUGGAGAAAGGCCCCCUGAUCGGUGGUUAUCUGAAGGCAGAAGUGGUUUGGAUGUCAACUUAGUAUCUGUGGAGGGUAUAUCUUGGAGUUUCUUAAGAUUGGCUGGCUCGUUGAGCUUAGGGGAUUCCCUGAGAGGAGACGACGCAAAUUUUCUGGGAGCUGUGCCUUCGCUCAUGCUCACAUCCGAAUCUUCAGUAUUUGGAACCUCCCAGCGUACUUUUUUGGCUUGUUUCACUGUGGUAUCAGAGAACGACCUGUUUUGUAGGGACUUUGCGUUGAUGUCGAGUCUAUUUAGUUUUGCAAAGCCUUUGGUCAAUGGUGAAGACGACAAGCGUUUUGCUUGCUUCACGGGCGUUGUGGCCAGUUCCAAAAACUCUGGUUUCCUUUGCUUCUCGGAAAUUGUAGAGACUGUUGUAGUGUCUAGGUUGACGUAGCCCCCGUCUUCUAGAAGACGGGAAAUAGCUACUUUAAAUUCCAUCACCAUUUCCCUCAAUGACGUUGAAACAUUUACCAACGCAUCUUCAUUAUCCGAUGAUAUAUCCAACAGGAUCGCUGUUGCUCUCUGCAGUGUCUCGAAGACGAAGUUGAAAGAGUUGAAAUUUUUGAUGGAUCGAUCAAACACAAUUGAGGAGUCAAAAAGAAUAGCUUUUUCGACAAAAUCUUUGAGAUGCAGCACGUGUGAUUCAUAGAGUUUCGUGUCUUCGUCUGACCAUGUGUCUAAUUCUGUGAGAGCGCGGAGAAGAGAGGCGGAAGAGUCCUUGAUGAUAAAAUCAAGCUCAUUGGGCUUGCUAUAUUGGGUCUCCAGUUCUUUUACUCUUUGUUCCAAUCUUUCUGACAGGUCCUCACAAAGAUACAUUAGCUCACUAAAUCCUGGGACGAACAUGUCAAU